CAACACUAGCGAUCGGCUCGCGGUCGGCCCAAUCCAGUUGAGGUUGGCUCGCCUGUACCCUUUCCGACGUCCACUACAUAGGACGUGCGCAUAAAAUUUAUUUGUAAACCUUUAUAAUAUAAUCAUUUAAAAUUGGAGUCAGAUUAUUAUUCAUAUCCACCUCGGAACAUGGUGACCACGACGUGAUUUUCAAGAUAUCAAUUAAUAUAAAGUAACAUUGCUUAAAGCCAGCCGGUCAACAGUAUUAAUAAAACACCGCAGCUAACGCUUAGCAAGAAAAAUAUUUAUCUACCUCCAUUACAUGGGAAUAUAUUGAAGAAAUCUAUAUAUCUGGUAUUAUUUGUUUCUGGAGAAGCUAAUUACAACAAUAAAAAACAUCAACAAUUACGGAAGGCUAUCCACCAAUUGCUUAAAGCCAGCCGGUCCACCAGCAGACUACGAGCAGUGCCGCAGCUACAGCUUAGCAAGGGAAGUGCCUUAUCCUAUCUUUCCUACCUAAUAUUAUUAUAAUCAUUCUGCCUCAAUUUGCUUUUAGUUGCUACUUCUUAAUCAGUGAUUUUUUUCAGUAUAAGUUGAUUACGUAAAUUUAAUUUCUAUUCUUUUUUUUUUUUGAGUCUAUUAAAUUAGGGGUACCUAAUACUAUUUAGUAUACCUGUAGUUAUUAGCGCAUUAUCUACAAGCUUAUCGAUUAAUUGUAAGCUAAAUAAUUCAAUAGUUUAUCGUAUAAACGUUGGUACAUAUCUUUUUAUUAUUUUAUCAUAACUACCCUACGAUCUCAAUUCAGAAAGGUAGAAGUCGAUUAAAAUAGAUAAUUAUAACACUAUUACAGUGAAUAACCAAUAGAAUAGAUACAAUUGUAUACUAAUGUAUAAUAUAACAAUAGUAGGUAUAAUGGUAUAAUAAUUAAGUAAAACAUACGUAAAAGAUAUCUAAAUCCCUAAGUAGAAAAUUAAUUUAGUAGUAGUAAAUUGUUUUAGUAGUUUGUUUUAUUGUAUCUGUCUAUUUGAGUAUUAUUUAGUUAGAAUAUAGUUUGUUGCAUAUUUGAUUAUUAGUGCUACGCAAAUACUUUAGUAAGAUAAUUAUAUCACAUUCAAGUAGUUGGUUAUUUCAUUGUAAUUUUAUUACUAUUCACUAUGAAGUAAUAAUAAAUAUUAUAAAUGCAACAUUAACAUUUUAUGUUUGGUACAUUUUUUAUAACAUUUGCAAUAUUUACACAUUCCAGUGCACCAGCGCAGUUGCAAUAAGUACCUACCGCUUACCUGGCUGCUGCACUCGCAUCGCCUGGCCCUAUUGUUUUCGUGCGUCGAGUGGUCUAUUGCGUCAUCGUCAUAGGCCAGCUUGGUUACAUUUACGUAUCAUUUAUUUUAUUUUUUUCUUUUCGUAUAUUUUUAGUUUAUCAAAGUCAAUCCCUUUUAAGUUUAUUAAGUAAAUUGUUUAAGUGUUAUUUAUAAUGUCACACACCUCAGAUCGAUCUGUGAGAACACCUUUAGAGAACAUUAAAUUAGAUGUUCCAACUAUAAAUCCUAGUAAUAUAAAGGAUCUUAUUACCAAACGAAGUUCAAUUAAAGGUCGCAUAACAAAGUACAGUAAUUUUUUAACUAAAUUUAUUGAUUCAUAUGAUAAACAUGAUAAGACUAGUUUGCUUAUGUUAACACAGAGAUUUGAGAGAUUUAAAGACUUAAUGUCCAUUUUUGAUGAUUGUCAAUCACAAAUUGAAUUUGUGAAUUCAAAUAGUUUGGAGUCGGAACUUGAUACAAGAGAGGAAAUCGAAAUUGAUUUUUCUACUCUUAUUGCUAAGACUCAAGUAAUUUUAGAGAAAAAUCAGAUUGUAGAUGAUUAUAAAUCGAUUCACUCUGGAUCGAGUUCAGAUUGUAAUAAGUCAUGUGGUCAUAAUAAGAGCUUUCACUUUAAACUUCCCACUCUAAAAAUUGGGAGCUUUGAUGGGACUUAUUUUAAAUGGAUUGAGUUCAGAGACACAUAUACUUCGCUUAUACAUAACAAUGAUAAUAUUGACCCUAUCCACAAAUUUCAUUAUCUAAAUUCUUACCUAGAGGGUGAAGCCUCUCGUGUCAUUAGUAAUUUAGAAGUUAGUGCUGUCAAUUAUAAAGAAGCUUGGCAUCUCUUAUGUGAGAGAUACAACAACGAGAAGCAGUUAAUACACAAUCAUUUAAAUUCUUUGUGUAAUAUUCGGCCUAUCACUCGCGACUCUGCCAAGGGGAUAAGGACGAUAAACCGUUUAAACAGUUUUCAACGGUUGGAGCUUUUACGGCAGCAAUUUUGGAAACGCUGGCAGUUGGAAUACGUGUCUGAAUUGCAGCAAAGGCAGAAAUGGCGGAUCCCAGAUAGACAGCUUCAAAUAAAUGAUUUGGUACUGUUAAAGGAAGAUAACUCCCCUCCCAUGUGCUGGAGAAUGGGUCGCAUCUGCUCUCUGUUUCCAGGUCAAGAUGGAGUGGUGCGCGUUGUUGAGAUUAAAACUGCAGCAGGCAAUUUCCGACGUGCUGUAAAGUAUAUCUGUCCAUUGAUGGAGCCAUCAGAGGAGACUUCAUUGGAAGCUGAUGCUUCCAAGGCCCCGGAGGAUGUCGGCGCACAACACUAGCGAUCGGCUCGCGGUCGGCCCAAUCCAGUUGAGGUUGGCUCGC